AGGCAGGGUAGAUUCUGUGCCAUUGGAAUGGCUCUUGGGGAGCCUUGGAGGGAGCCCAAUAGGUGGCUGAAUGGGCAUGCAGCCAGCCAUGCUGGCCCUGUGGUCCCUGCUUCUGCUCUGGGGCCUGGCGACUCCAUGCCAGGGGCUGCUAGAGACGGUGGGCACGCUCGCUCGGAUUGACAAGGAUGAACUCGGCAAAGCCAUCCAGAACUCACUGGUUGGGGAGCCCAUUCUGCAGAAUGUGCUGGGAUCGGUCACAGCUGUGAACCGAGGCCUCUUGGGCUCAGGAGGGCUGCUUGGAGGAGGCGGCUUGCUGGGCCACGGAGGAGUUUUUGGCGUUGUCGAGGAGCUCUCUGGUCUGAAGAUUGAGGAGCUCACGCUGCCGAAGGUGUCGCUGAAGCUGCUGCCAGGAUUUGGGGUGCAGCUGAGCCUGCACACCAAAGUGGGCAUGCGUUGCUCUGGCCCCCUUGGGGGCCUUCUGCAGCUGGCUGCGGAGGUGAACGUGACAUCGCGGGUGGCGCUGGGCGUGAGCUCAAGGGGCACACCCAUCCUUAUCCUUAAGCGCUGCAACACGCUCCUGGGCCACAUCAGCCUGUUCUCAGGGCUGCUGCCCACACCACUCUUUGGGGUCGUGGAACAGAUGAUCUUCAAGGUGCUUCCGGGACUGCUGUGCCCCGUGGUGGACAGUGUGCUGGGUGUGGUGAAUGAGCUCCUGGGGGCUGUGCUGGGCCUGGUGUCCCUUGGGGCUCUUGGGUCUGUGGAAUUCUCUCUGGCCACAUUGCCUCUCAUCUCCAACCAGUACAUAGAACUGGACAUCAACCCUAUCGUGAAGAGUGUAGCUGGUGACAUCAUUGACUUCCCCAAGUCCCGUGCCCCAGCCAAGGUGCCCCCCAAGAAGGACCACACAUCCCAGGUGAUGGUGCCACUGUACCUCUUCAACACCAUGUUUGGACUCCUGCAGACCAACGGCGCCCUCGACAUGGACAUCACCCCUGAGCUGGUUCCCAGCGAUGUCCCACUGACAACUACAGACCUGGCAGCUUUGCUCCCUGAGGGAAGCAGUGCCAGCAUGUGGAUGGCCUGGUGUGUGGCUGCGCUGUCUGCGGUGGCUGUGUGUGGCACGAGCCACGAGACAAACACGGUCCUCAGGGUGACGAAAGAUGUGUUGAGCAAUGCCAUUUCAGGCACGCUGCAGCAAAGUGAUGCUCUCCACUCGGCCCUGAGAGAGGUGCCCUUGGGUGUUGGUGAUAUUCCCUACAAUGACUUCCAUGUCCGAGGACCCCCCCCAGUAUAUACCAACGGCAAAAAACUUGGUGGUAAUUACAAGUAUGGUCACAUUGAGACCAACGACAACACUGCUCAGCUGGGGGGCAAAUACCGAUAUGGUGAGAUCCUUGAGUCCGAGGGAAGCAUCAGGGACCUCCGAAACAGUGGCUAUCGCAGUGCCGAGAAUGCAUAUGGAGGCCACAGGGGCCUCGGGCGAUACAGGGCAGCACCUGUGGGCAGGCUUCACCAGCGAGAGCUGCGGCCUGGAGAAAUCCCACCUGGAGUUGCCACUGGGGCGGUGGGCCCAGGUGGUUUGCUGGGCACUGGAGGCAUGCUGGCAGCCGAUGGCAUCCUCACAGGCCAAGGUGGCCUGCUCGGCGGAGGCGGUCUCCUUGGUGAUGGAGGACUUCUUGGAGGAGGGGGUGUCCUGGGCGUGCUCGGCGAGGGUGGCAUCCUCAGCACCGUGCAAGGCAUCACGGGGCUGCGUAUCGUGGACCUGACCCUCCCUCGGGUGUCCGUGCGGCUCCUGCCCGGCGUGGGUGUCUACCUGAGCUUGUACACCCAUGUGGCCAUCAACGGGAAGAGUCUUAUUGGCUUCCUGGACAUCGCAGUAGAAGUGAACAUCACAGCCAAGGUCCGGCUGACCAUGGACCGCACGGGUUAUCCUCGGCUGGUCAUUGAGCGAUGUGACACCCUCCUAGGGGGCAUCAAAGUCAAGCUGCUGCAAGGGCUUCUCCCCAAUCUCGUGGACAAUUUAGUGAACCGAGUCCUGGCCGACGUCCUCCCUGACUUGCUCUGCCCCAUCGUGGACGUGGUGCUGGGUCUUGUCAAUGACCAGAUGGGCCUCGUGGAUUCUCUGAUUCCUCUGGGGAUAUUGGGAAGUGUCCAAUACACCUUCUCCAGCCUCCCGCUUGUGACCGGGGAAUUCCUGGAGCUGGAUCUCAACACGCUGGUUGGGGAGGCUGGAGGAGGACUCAUAGACUACCCAUUGGGGUGGCCAGCUGUGUCUCCCAAGCCGAUGCCAGAGCUCCCUCCCAUGGGUGACAACACCAAGUCCCAGCUGGCCAUGUCUGCCAACUUCCUGGGCUCAGUGCUGACUCUGCUGCAGAAGCAGCAUGCUCUAGACCUGGAUAUCACCAAUGGCAUGUUUGAAGAGCUUCCUCCACUUACCACAGCCACACUGGGAGCCCUGAUCCCCAAGGUGUUCCAGCAGUACCCCGAGUCCUGCCCACUUAUCAUCAGGAUCCAGGUGCUGAACCCACCAUCUGUGACGCUGCAGAAGGACAAAGCGCUGGUGAAGGUGUUGGCCACUGCCGAGGUCAUGGUCUCCCAGCCCAAAGACCUGGAGACUACCAUCUGCCUCAUUGACGUGGACACAGAACUCUUGGCCUCAUUUUCCACAGAAGGAGAUAAGCUCAUGAUUGAUGCCAAGCUGGAGAAGACCAGCCUCAACCUCAGAACCUCAAACGUGGGCAACUUUGAUAUUGGCCUCAUGGAAGUGCUGGUGGAGAAGAUUUUUGACCUGGCAUUCAUGCCCGCAAUGAACGCUGUGCUGGGUUCUGGCGUCCCUCUCCCCAAAAUCCUCAACAUCGACUUUAGCAAUGCAGACAUUGACGUGUUGGAGGACCUUUUGGUGCUGAGCGCAUGAGUGACAGAGGCAGAGAUGCUGCUGCAACUGGAAGAAGCUGGAACCAGUCCCAGAGGCUCGGCCUGGAAACAGUCCCCUGCCCAGAGUCCCCUCAGCCUCCAUGACAGGUCCCUCCCUGGCCCCCCAACCCUCUUCCUCCCUUGCCCCAACCCCGAGAAAGGGUCCAGCCACUACCCCGUUGGCAAACAUUCCCUUCCAUGGUCAGCCUGCCAGGAGGAGGGGAGUCACCUUGGGGCUGGAGGCCUCUCAGACCCCAUCCUGACAGCAGGUUGAGUAUUCCCACUUUCAAUAAAAGACUCCACUUUCCCAGCA